CCCUUUCCUCAAUUUGCGUGUCCAAACACCCUGUCAUACCCCACCAGGCCAACAACACCUCUCUCACGGUCUCACCUCCCCCUAUUUAUUCCCCCAUCUUCUUUCACUAAACCAACAUCAACACACCAAAGUCCUCAUCAGUCAUGGCCAGACUAACAUCGCAGCCCUUCAUCUUGACUUCUUUGUUAUUCAUUGUUGUAGUGUCAUAUUUCUGGACGCCAGCCGCCGGGAUCGGAAGGAUGGUGGGGGGUAGGACGGAGAUCAAGGACGUGAAGACCAACAAGGAGGUUCAGCAACUGGGAAGGUUCUCAGUAGAGGAAUACAACAGGAGUCAUGGGCGAAGGUGGAGAGAGGCCAUAGGCAACGUCCUAGGAAUGGACUACGAAUAUCUGACGUUCUCGGAGGUAGUGGAGGCCCAGAAGCAGGUGGUGUCCGGGUUUAAGUACUAUCUCAAGAUAGCCGCCACUCAGAAUGGGGUGAGGAACACAUUCGAUGCGGUGGUGGUGGUCAAGCCCUGGCUUCCCUCCAAGCAACUGCUUCACUUCUCACCCUCCUCUAUCUACUAGGAUUGGAUAAGUAUAUAUAUAUAUAUGUUACUAGUACUUUUGUGGGUGUAGUAGUACUUUUUCCCACCCAUACGACUACUCGUUUUCAUGUCUAUGUUGUCCAGUACUCCACUCAUAAAUUAAUCAAUAAAUCACUUUAUUUGUGAUUGUGAUGUCCA